AUGGCUGUGCGGAGGCCGGCGGCACGGUUGCGCGGUGGCGGCGGCAGAGGGGAAGGAUGGAGCGGUGACAAAGAGGUGAACGAUUUCGUGAGGCUUUUGGAGGAGGAGAUUGACAAGUUCACGCUUUCUUUGUCGAUAAAGAGGAAGAGUAUAUCAUCAGACAAAGGUAUUUCUGGAUCUUCUUGA